AGAGAGUCCUCCAUUAGCGUCCAGCAACAACGCCCACCCACUUUCACACCAACUUGAACACACUACUCCUCCUCCUUCACUUUUUCCUUCAAUCUCUCUUCUCGCUGACGACUUGGAAAUAAAGUGAGGGAAAAUAUUCCUCCAACUUCACUUUCCUGAGAAUCUGCAAAUAAAGCAAUUCAACUUCCUUUUCUUUCUUUCUAAAUGAAAUUUCGUUCUUUGUCUCAGUCUCUCUCUCUUUCUUCGGUCGAGUCCGAUCAAAAUUGAAAACCCAUUGAGUUCCUCGCCAAAAGGUAUAGUCUUCGUUAUUUCUUCUGUAAUUGGAUAAUGGGGUUUGAUCGAUUCUGAUUAGUACAAUCCCAAAGUGUUGUUCUUUGUUUUCUGGUAAAUUUUCUCUGCUUUUUUUGUGUUCUGUUUUAAAACAAUUAUUCUGAGUUAAGCAAAGCAACUUGUGGUUUUGUUGUGUAAUGAUAUCAAGUGGGUUAUUUUUUUUAUUAUAAGUUUCUCUGUUUUAUUGCGUUUGUUAGGGAUUAUCUACCUAAAUUAGGUUUCAACUUUUAAUCGGUUAGUUGCUUGCAUUUCACUUUGACCACUUUUGCCCUUUUUUGUAUAUCCCCAAUUGAAGCCUCGAGUUUUCUUUUUGACCAAACACAAUUUUGUACUGAGUUUGGUGAAUGUUUGUUUGAUGUCUCUUGUUGGGAAUCUCUCUGCUUUAAAGUUACUUACUGUCAAUGCUGGCAAUAAAUCUUUAGUUUUUUACUAUUUUCAUAAUAUAAUGGAUUGUUUUGGGGGUUGUGAUGAGUUUUGGAUAGUAAUUGAAGAGGUUUAAAACUCCCUUAAAAAACUACAGUCCAAACAGUGAUCAGAUCAUUCUACAGGUGAAAUUUGAGAGAAUGAAUCAACGAGAGAAGCUGAUUGUUGGUGAAAUGUUUGGAGAGUUUCUGUAAAUAGACGCCUCGGAUUUGGCAUUGUUAGUGAAGGUUAAAGGAGUUUCCUAGAAGUUUCAAAGCAAUUUGCCUCCAAGUUCUUGACUUAUAAAACAUAUUGGAACUAACAUUUCAAGAAAGAAGAGAAGGAGAUGGGCUGUGUUUCUUCUUGCUUUGGGGUCGAUGACUUUGAGGAUUACCCCAAUCCAAGUAGUUCUGUUAACAGAAGCUGCCCAUGCCCGAGAUGUCUUGUUAACAACUUCCUUAACCUGUAUAUCUCUUUAUUCAGAAGAGGCGAAACCCGCUCUCUCCCAUCCUCCUUACAGGCUACUAAUGUAUCGAUAGCUACAUCAACUUCGUAUGAUAACUUUAUGUCUAAUACAUUCCAUUCUACUCCAAGGCCUCUGCCUUAUGACGCUGAUCCAAGAUACUUCCGGUCAAGGCGUGAUUCGCUUGUUUCUAGACGCGAUAAGGGUUCAAGUCAUUCUCAUGAGGAAGCUGAGCCCUUAAGAAGUGAUGCUGAUGUGGAUUCUGAGUCUUUCUCAGUGGAAGGAAGCAAAUGGGCUAACAAGCUUAUUAUCUCUGGUGAAGAUUCCAAAGAAGAGUUCUCUAGAUCCUCUCGGAGGAUUCUUCAGUCAAGGACAAUGUCUACUAGUAACGAAGGCCUGUAUAUAACAUCUGAUGAUGAAGAUGUCUGUCCAACGUGUCUUGAAGAAUACAUAUCAGAGAACCCGAAGAUUGUUACAAAGUGUUCUCACCAUUUCCACCUCAGUUGCAUUUAUGAAUGGAUGGAGAGAAGUGAAAACUGCCCUGUUUGUGGAAAGGUGAUGGAGUUCCACGAAACACCGUAA